AUGAGGAUGACCCAAAGACUGACGAAGGCGAGGGCGAUCCAGCACACCUUUGAGACAAAAAAGACGAUGACCCAAAGACUGAUGAAGAUCAGUGCGAUGCAAGUCAUUACGAAGACGAAAACUGACGAACACGAGACUAUCACCAAUAACCAUCAUGAGGAUACAAAGGAGGACGAAGAUAAGGGCUAUACAAGCCAUGAUGAUGAAGACGAAGCCUCAGUGUUUGGAGACGCCGAUAAUGAAUUUGAAGUCAAGUACGAUGCAGAAAAGGUGGUGAUGGUCAUCUCCGUUUGUUCAGACGAUCCUGUCAGCUUCCAAACACAGCCUACACAAGCGCAAAUGGACAUGAUGACGACGUUGUUCAGCCAACUACCUCAGUGGUGGGUGAGCUAUAGGGACAUCUAA